GAGAGCACCUUAACGCUCUGCAGUCCGAUCAACUUGGGUGAGACCUUUGAGCGUGAGGAGUUGCAGAAGCUUCCCCAGCUGCAGACCAGGAUCAUGGAGAUGCACUUCGCCAAGGCCCUCGGGGAGCAGGGCUUCUUCCGGAACGCCCUUCUGCCGGAAAAGAGCUCCGACGACUACCUCCCCGAUCUUCCAAAGAUGCUCAUCGACGACUUGCGCCUGGCUUACUACACCUUUGCGGAGAAGGGAGAUCAGUCGGGAGACGUUCAGGGAAAGAUUGUUUUGCCAGCAAGUCGCGUGAUUGAUGCCUUGCUUUAUGUCGGCAUCUUCCACAUCUUGGCCGAGGAGGUUAACAAGAAGGACCUCACGUUGGAGGAGCCGCCCCCCCCCCCCCACCUGAACCCUGAAGCGCGACGGAUUUCCGAUAAAGGCUUGGAGAUUGGGGAGUUCCUGCAGCUGGGUCGCGAGUGCCAUCUGGCGCGGCUGCGCCCCGAGCAACUUGCAAAGAUCGAGGAGCUAUGUCGGUCGCAUGAGCAUGAUGUCCAUGGGCAGAUGCAGCUGCUGGUGGCAGACGUGUCCCAUAUGCUGAAGAUGCUCCUGGGCAUCUACCUGGACUUUGCGAUCAAUGAUGCGGUGUCGGCUGCAUGGGGUCAGGAGACGGCCCCUGACACCCACGUGACCCACAAGCAGUUUGCGGGGAUCGUCUCGUUUUACGUGAAGCGGCGUGAGCGAGACUGGAAAUUGCUCCAGGGAGUGUUCGAGCUCAUGGGGACGGAGACCUUAUCGGGAAGCCUAGACAAAGAUCUCCUUGAGGAGUGCAGGGCACGGCGUUCGGAGGACACUGACGGAGACACGACUCCCCACGAGGAGAUGUUAUGGGCUGCAGACUGGAUCCGACGUGGCGAAGGAAGAGGCCUGCACUUGGACACCUGCAGCCUUCUCACCGUUUUCCUGACGAACUUACAGCGAGGUAAAGGCCGCCUCCCUCCGAAAUCGGCGAUGUCUGAAGAGGACGUGCGCCCGAAGCGUGCAUGGGACCGACUCCUCCAUGCGGCCAUGAAGAAGAAGGGCUCGUUGGCGAGCCAAUCCCUCGUUAGCAACAUCGACUUCUCGAAAAAGAUGCUGGUCGAUCAGCCACAGUCCACCUUCGGUGAUAGUCCUGCCUGGGCACAGGCAAUCAUUGACCUUCUUGAACGGCCACAGACAUCAAUAGCAGCUGGAGUCGUGGGUUACACUAUGCUUGUCUGGACCGUGGCGUCCGUGGUUGCCAUCAUCGCAGAACCCAUGAUUUCUGGACUUGACGAAGACCAGUCGGAGGACGAUCGUCUCUUCUGGCUGGGUUGCGACAUGUUCUUCGCCGGCAUCUUUACGAUCGAGAUACUUCUCAGGAUCGUCGCGCGGUGUGCGUUGCGUCCAGGAUGGAGAACGCUCUGUGAUUUUUUCUCACAGCCUUUGAACAUCCUGGAUGCCAUCGUCGUGAUGGAGAUCUACUUCGACCAUCUGCUGCAUCAGCCGGCCCUGAGGCUCUUCAUCUUGGAGCGCUUUGCCCGCCUUGCGCGGGUUUUCAGGCUUUGCAAAUUCAAAGGGUACGGGUGCCCCAUGCUUGCGCCGCUGACAGCAGUGCUGGUGGUGAUCAUGGGCACCUAUUUGCUGAACCUGGAGGGUGUUAUUGAAUAG